ACAAGUAGAUCUCUGUGUUUUCUGUACACCAAUUCGUUGGUCCAUAUAGGAGAGCACGUCUGCAUCUGGGAGACAAAGAUAAAUCUGUGGAGGUAAAUGAGAGUUGAUGUGGAAGGAAGAGAGACGGGGAAGAGAUAGAUAAGUGGGGGGAUGUAGUUGUUAACGGUGUACGAGGGAGGUGAGGAGCUUAAUAAUGUAUGAGUGAGAGAAGGAGCUGGGCAAGUAAAACGACGACGGGGGCGGUGGCUGUGCCGUCGUACGGCCGCCAUCACCAUCACCAUCACCAUCCAUCCCGAAUCCUAUAGUACACAAUACGCAGUUCUCCCAACAAUCUCCAUCGCCUGGCUUGUCAUCCAUGUGUGUUAGUUAGAACUCCGCGGUACCCGCCGGUGCGCUUCACUCUUCUGUCUAUACUUACUUUACUACUCUCCUAGAUGGUUUAGUAUACCGACAUUCUCCGCUUUGCCCGCGCCUACUGCCAUGCCCUAAGCACCGGAGGCACACCGCGUCGUGCACUCUUGUAUAUCUAUAUCUCUCUCUCUCACUCUCUCCUCUGCACUUAUGUUUUACGUCUUCUCUCCGCGGUCUCCCCUUCCUGCUCUCUCUCUGUGUUACUUUGUGUGUUUUAACAACCCCAAGGAUAUAAACCCAACUACAUACCCUCGUGCUCUCGUUUGCUGUGCCGAAUUAACGCGAGUGAAAGGUGAACAUAGAAUUUUUAAAUUUAAAUAGUAAAUAGUAAUAAUAAUAAUAAUAAUAAUAAUAACAAAUGAUUUUGUAGUUGCUGGUGGAUUGUUAUCAAGUUUUGUGGACAGAACUGAGAAAAGACCGAGACAAAAAGAGAAACAAGAGCAGGAAGAGUGUGCUGCAUGUGUAUGUGGAACUUAGUUUUUUAAAAUUUAUUUAUUUUUUAAAAAAUAUCCCACGCGGUGGAAAUAAUAGACACGCUCAAGUUUUAAGAUGGAAGUUGAUAUUGUUUUGUUACUGUGCGGUGAAAAUUAAUUGCUAUCACGGGCGACGACCGGGCAGCACUUUGUGCGUGGAUACCAAUACCAAGUAAUGCGUAUGUGUUGUGUGUUGUGUUGCCGUUUUAUUUAUUGAUACGAAAAGAUAAAAAGGAAUGAGGUGAAAAAGUUUAAGAAAAAAAACAUAAAUAAGCUGAAUACUGGUUUUACUGUUUAGACCCGCCCCAAGACGACUAUCUCAUCGUCUUGAAAGGUAUCGACUCUCUUUAGAUACACACAUUCACACACACACACACACUCACACUCGACGCACUCGCCAUUCUUAUAACCACGGCCCCACCUCUGCCUUAUCGACGACGAGCACGAGCACGACCAAGAGCACGGCGACGACAACGGCCACGGCGACAAAGACCAGGCGGAGACGACAUACGUGAGUGUUUAAAUAGUAACCGGGCACUCGAGAAAAGACGCCAGUUUUAAAAUUACGCUGAAAAUUAACGACGCUGUAACAACGAGACGAGCGUUUGAUGUUGUUUCCCCGCGUACGCUUGCCGACCGCCAGGCCAGUGGUCACAAUUUCCAUCGGCGAUACUACGUCAUCGUUAACAACGUCGUCUGAGUCGUCGCGAAAGGUUACAACGGUAAGGAGGCAAAAUAAUAAAACAACGCAACGACGCCACCUCCACGCGGCUGGAGGAACCCAAGGUCAUCAUCAUCAACAACAACAUCAACGCUGUCGUCGUCGGGCACGAGGACGCUGGUUCCGGCUGCUCGCAUGAUGCCCUAGUAUCAAAAAAAAAAUCAAACACGAGAGCAUCUCCAGGGACAAACGUCCGCGGUCAGGACGCCGAGUUAAUAUGAGCAUGACUCUCGUGCGAAACCCAUUCAAAGGGUGCAGUGGAGACGAAUCCAGUGUGGAACUAGCUGAAAUAAGCAGCGGUGGGGCGAGCACUGAGGGCGGAGGGGGCGAUACUAGAUCGGCUAAGCAAGAAGAGAGGUGUCCACAGUGUGGCAUUCUCUGCCGGAACCUCCACGUUCUUCAACUCCACCUCGAGGACGCCCAUAAAACCGCAUUCGUCAUUGAUAAGCACGAUCUCAGUGCUCAGUUUUCUCAAGUUUCCUGCAAGGUUUGCAGCAAGACUUUUGCCAACGUCUACCGUCUUCAGAGGCACAUGAUCAGCCACGACGAGAGCGCAGUACUGCGCAAAUUUAAAUGCCCCCACUGUGAAAAGGCAUUUAAAUUUAAACAUCAUCUCAAAGAACAUCUACGAAUCCAUAGUGGAGAAAAACCAUUUCAAUGUAACAACUGCGGUAAACGUUUUUCUCACUCGGGUUCUUACUCGAGUCAUAUGACGUCAAAGAAGUGCCUGAUAGUAAACCUCAAAAAAUCACGACAAAGCACAAUAAGCAGUAUAGAACGUGCUACUAAAAAACCCCAACUACAACAAGGAGGACAGUCAUUGCAGUCUCGUGGUCCUCAUGAAAUCGAUAUUCAUGCUGCCAAUAACAAUACUUUUUUACCAAUACUACCAAAACUCUCACCGUCAGACUACCAAGAGCUACAAAGAGAGAGUACGGGCAUUUAUGACAUGCCUACACUGCUACCUCCAAUAGUUAACUUCAGCAGUUUAUUUCUUCAAUCAUCACUCGGUAAAAUUCUGAGCCAGUUACAGACUAAAAGAUUAGACGAGGUGGCCUCCGAACACUAUGAGCCGCAUCGCGAGACGCUGAGUCCGUCAACCGCGGAUUCGGAAGAGACUGAAGGAACUGAGGGAAAGUAUUCGCCGGUACCGAGUGAUCCUCAGGGCUUGGACGCAGUGCGUCGUAUUCUGGAGACGGUGAAUACUUCUGUCACCAAACAGCUACUCGAAGCGAAUGUUAGAAAACUUGCAACCUCACCGGAAACGAUAAAACGUGAGUGCGAUGAAGACUAUCAAGAUCAGGAUAGCGAGAUGUCGGGCGAAACAACGCACUAUCAAGACUGGCAGACUGGAGAUCAGUAUGACUCACAGAGCGAAGGUUUAGCAGCGAAGCUUGAAGAUGCCAGCCAAUCUAGUACGAAAACUCGACGGGGAUCAAAGCGAAAAGCCGAAGAUAGUCUGGCACCAGAGAGUUCAAUAGAGGCCUACUCUGAGGACGAUGAUGAGUCAAAUAAAACUCUUGCUGAGCCUGGAAGAAGAGUAAGAGCCCGAUCCCUUAUCGACGACGAACAAUUGGCCGUCCUCAAGGGCUACUAUGCCAUCAAUCCCCGUCCGAAGAAAGAAGAAAUUGACAUGAUUGCCAACUACAUAAAUUUUCCAAAACGCGUCGUUCAAGUCUGGUUCCAAAAUUCCCGUGCGAGAGAUCGCCGGGAACUGAGGAUGCCGGCUCUCGUACCUCUAGCGAGUAUCGGAAAUCACCAGCUUCCACUAGAGCAGCCUUUAGAUCUCUCCAAGAAAGAAAAUCUCACAAUAACUCCUUCAGUUAAAGACAAUGAUAUUAUAAACAAUAGAAAUAAUUUAUCAUCACCACACGAGCCAAAAGAUAAUAAUAAAACAAUACAAAUGACUGUGCCUCAUUCAGAAGUUGAUGAUCUUGAUGAAUCACCCUUAGUUAUUGAUGAAGAGACCACCGAUCCGGUUGAAAUUAAAAAGGAAGUGUCUUCCAGCGGUGACAAUAUAGCAAAGAGUCAAUCAAGGGCCCACGUAAAGUCUGAGCGCGAGAAUGAUAGGCCUGUGCCAGAUGCUCCUCCUUCAACGGAGACCGAACAAGAGGGCGUGUACGUAUGCGAUCAAUGCGAUAAGACCUUCUCCAAGCAUAGCUCACUUGCUAGACACAAGUACGAACAUUCCGGGCAAAGGCCGUACAAAUGCGAAGAGUGUCCGCGGGCUUUCAAACACAAGCAUCACUUGACGGAACACAAGCGUCUUCAUACCGGCGAAAAGCCAUUCCAGUGCUCCAAGUGCCUAAAGCGCUUCUCACACUCUGGUUCUUACAGUCAGCACAUGAAUCACCGGUACUCUUACUGCAAACCAUACAGAGAAUAGAACGAGGACCAUUAUCAUCAUCAUCAUCAUCAUCUAACAGCUUAUUCAAACUCAAAAUUUUCACCGCACACAUUCAGACAAGUAUGUACUACGAACUUUCCUUCACUCGUGACUUAACAUUUAGGUCUCUUUACUGUGAUUACUACUACUGGUCACACUAACUACACACCACAAUAGAUCUAUACACAGAGGACUGAGAGUAUAUAUAAUAUGUGAGAGAGUAGAAUGGGUUUAUUACUUCCGACUUGGUCUAGGGUCUAGGGUCCAGGGUCCAGGUAUACCUACACCUACACCCAAGGGACAUAAACAAGAAACGGUAAAACAGGAUAUUACGAAACAUCACACAUAAUAUAACAAUCACGGCUACUCAUAUAUAUAUAUAUAUAUAUAUAUAUGUAUAUAUAUGCGUAAGAUGGUGAUUUCGUAAACUUAUUAAAACGACGGUCUUAAUCAUUUAUUGAGACCUCAGACAUCUUUGUCCGCAAAUAAAAAAAAAAGUUUAGCCAAUAAAAAUUGGUUAUUAAUAAAGUUUAAUUAAUUAAUAAUUAAUAAUAAUUACGAUGAUGCAAAUAACCAAUGAAUGAAACUAAAGUAACGGUACCAAAAAAGCAUAAUGCAAUAAUCUAUUAUAUAUAAAUAUAUAUAUAAUAAUAUAAUAUACAUAAUAUUUUAUUAUUUUUAUUGAAAAUAAAUGAAUGAAAAAAAAUAUAUAAAUAUUAUAUAUAACAUGACAAUAAUAAGGAAACUAAUUAAUGUACAAAAUUGUUAGCUAAACGUUCACAGAGUUAGUGGGCGAUAUUAUUCGGUGAUGAUUAACGGGUGACAUUAAACUACAAUAAAAUAGUGACAAAGUUAAUAAUUGUCAAUCUCAAGUUUAAAUAAAUAGAUUUAAAAGUGAAAGCUUAUCAGUUUUGAUAAGCAAGCUUGGCAUUGACGAUUUGUCUCUUUUAUUUUAAAAAAAUUAACAGUCAAAAGUAGGCGACUGUUGAAGGAAACAAAGAAACGAAAUUAAAAGUAUAAAUAAAUAUAAAUAUAUAUAUAUAUUAUUAUUAUUAAUAAAAAAAUAUAUAUAUAAAUGAAUAUAUAUGUAUAUUAAUAUAGCAUUUAAGAGGAAGUUUGAAUGCGAGAAGUGAAAAUAAAUAUAUAAGACUCAAUUGUCCAGUAGUUUUUUGGCUAUUAACUAUUAAAAAAUAAAUAUACGAUCAUGGAGCUUGAGUACUUGUUCAACGCAAUAAUAUUUUUUUAUAAUUCAACGUGAUUUUUAAACGAGUACGUUUUGUCGUAAAGAAAAUAUUGCAACUUGUUAUUCAGCACACAUUCCUACUUACUAAAGGCCUUUUUUUCUCUUUUUUUUACCAAUAAACAGUUACGAUUAUCGUGUUGGUCCACUAAUUAAAUUAUUUACUGGAGGUUUAUUUUAUUCGGCACCCGUAAGCGGUCUGCUUUUUAUAAAGUACCCACGCGUACUUUAAAUAACAAUAAUUAUUAUUAUAAUGAGUAAUUAUUUAAAGGGACGGCCUUGCCCCCGCGUUCGGACUAAAAAAAAGUAAUUACUGAUUACUAUGACAUUAAACGUUGAUCAAAGGGAUACUGUAGGUCGGUGAAUGAGAACAAUUUUAUUCUGUUAAGUACUUACAAAGUUUCCAUUAACUUGUUAACUGUCACGUCCAUUCAUCAUUUAGUAAUCAUUAGCUAUUGUAUUUUUUUUUUUUUAUUUUAUUUACACAACAUUCCGAUCUAAUCAUCAUGCCACGACGCACAUUCAUUAUUUUUAAAAAUAAAAUAUAUAUACGGUCCAAAAAUAUAAAAUUUUAGGAUCUUGUAUCUUAACCGAUCUGACAGUAGUCCCUGUAAUUAAAAAAUUUUAAAAUAUAUAUACAUGAUAUUAAAAUGCUUCCAAUACUGUACCAUUACAAUAUUAUAUUAAAUAUGACACUUUAUAUGGUUACAUUAUUCACUGGACGUAUUGAAGAAAAGUAAUAAUUUAAAAAAAAAUAAAUAUUUGUCCAGCAUAAAAGCUCUACGAAUGACGAUAAUAAUUAUAAAUAAAUAGAUUAGUAAUAAUUACGUAAGUUAAUAAUAGUAAUAAUUAAUUAAUUAAUUGAUUGAUUAAUUAAUAAUAAUAUUUGGAGAUGUAUUUUAUAACAGUUUAUUCGUCUCUUUUUUUUUAUUUACACAACGUACCGCAAGUGAUAAGUGAUAUUGUUAUUGAUAAUGAUAAUUAAUAUACGUGAGAUUUCCGGUUGGGGAAUUUUACUUUGAAAAAAAAGGAAAAAAAUGAAAAAAAAACCAAAAAUAUUAAAAAUAUAAAAAAAAACAAUAAAUAAUUAUAAAUAAGAUUUAUUAAUAGUAAUUACGCUGAUAAAAAAAAAUACAAUUGUACUUCUUCAUUGUAGAAGCUUCGGUUAUCCGCGACAGGCAUCGUGUUCAUGUUCGUGUAAAAAAACUAUUUAAAAAAAAAAAAAAUGAAAAAAAAAACAUUGAAAGCAUUUUAAAAUGCUUGUAAUACUCAUUUAUUAUAGUGUUAACAAUUAAGAAAUAUAUUUUUAUAUAAUUAUAAUAUUAUAUAUAUAUAUAAAUAUAAAUGUAUAUGAUAAUGAAUUAUAUAUUUAAAGUAAACUCGGAUCGUCCGGUCGCCAAAAAAUAAUAAACAAAAUAUUUGAUAAACUGAUGUAUAAAUGUGUUAACUAGUUAACUCAAUGCUCGACUAAAAAGCAUUUUAUUAUUUUAAUUAUUUAUUUUAAUCUGUAAUUCUUUACGUUCCAGAUGCAUUUUUUUAAUCCAUCAUUUAUACAUUCAUUUUAUUAUUUUUUUUGCUAGUAAUUAAAAUUUAAAAAUAUACAAUGCAAUAAAUAAUAAUAAUAAUUAUAAUGUUAGUAAACGAUAACGACGAAUUUAAAACAAAAUAUAUGAGACAAUAAAUAAUAAAUCGAGCAGCGAGACAACAAAAGUGACUUUGGUACUUUAAUAAUUGUCAGGGAAAACUGAUGAUAAUUUAAACGUUUAUAAAUAAUUGUAUUAGCAAUGCGAUAACUAUGAUAAUAAUUAAAACGUAAUUAAUGGAAAUGUUUUUGACAGAUUAUUUAAAUAAUGAUAAUAAUAACAAAUCAUUUUUAUUAUUGUUAAAGCAACGAUUUAAAAAAAAAAAGCACCAUACGAUGCCUUCCGUGAACGACCGAGCUUGCCUAGUUGCCAAAAUAUUUAUAAAAAAACCGUUUGUUUAAAUUAUGAGGGCAAUUAUUUUGAUAUAUAUUAUUGUAAUGAUAAUAAUUAUAUAUAUUAAUGAUAAAUAGCAAGAUAUUACUGAUAAAUAAAAUGCCAAAUGAUAAAAUAAAUUGACUUAAUUGCCGUCAUACAUUUGAAUAUUCCGCGGUUUAAAUAAUGGUGGUUAUGCAAUUGAGCUUUCCAUGACUAAUUAUUGAUAAGAAUUUACAGAAUUAACGAUUGCAAAGAAAUACAUUUUUUUUGUAUAUAAUAUAUUUAAAAAAAAUAAAUAAAUACUCAAAAUACGACAGACAAUAAUAUACCGCUGUUUCAUAUUAGAAAAAAAACUAGUGUCUUAGGUGAUUUAAAAAAUCGAAAAAUAAAUAAACAACAUUUAAGUAUACACUGUAGAGGUAAAAUGGUCAUAUAAGAAUUUAAUUGACAAAAUAUAAAUUGGUAUAUAUAUUAUAUACAUUAAUGGAAGAAUGAAUGAAAAUAAUUGCCGUGGAUUUAAAAUAGUGUGAAUUUAUUAUUAUUAUUUUAUUAUAUAUUAUAGUUAUAUUAUUAUUAUUAAAAAAAAUCUAUAUGUAUAAUAAAUUUUAAGCUGGCGAAAUGUAAAUCGUACUGCGUAAAAAAGUCUACUAAAUAACUACGGUACGGUAAAAAAAUAAAAGUAAUAACGGCUAGCCAUGUAGUGUCGGCAGUCCCAAUUAAAUGGAACGAAAAAUUAAUAAUUAAAAUAUUACGUACGUGCAAUUUUAUUGAAAUUAUUUAAAUGGUUAAUAUAUAUCCAUAUUAAUUUUUUAAUUAUUAUUUAUAUUUUUAUUUUGUGCAUUAAGGGUUUUCUCAGGCAGUGCCACCCCUUUUUAAAAAUAUUCAAUGACUUUCGACUGUCAAAACUGUAUUCAAAUUUUAGUAAUUAAUUUUAAAAAAAUAAUUAGAACCUUAAUUGAAAAAAGGACAAUUUCGCCCAGAUAUAGAAUUUUAAAAAAAUUGCAGCUGAUUUCGCCUAUAAAAUUUAAAAAUUCGAAUUAGAAAAUUGACAUGAAGAUUUUACUGAAAUUUAUUUUCUAAAUUACGUUCAACUCCCAAUCGAUAUCAAUUGUUAGUAAUUUUUUUAAAAAUCUAUACCUCGGCGAAAUUACUACGCUGUCCUUUUUUCAAAAGAUCCUGAAGUUAACAGACAAUUAGUAAUUUUCGGAUUUUUUUUUCAACAAAUCAAUUAUAAAAAAAAAAAAAAAAACUAAAAAUAUACACGUGUAGAAAAUUUUAAAAACUACAGGUGCAAUUUUUUCAAAUAUUUUUUUGUUUAAAAAAAGUCAAAAAAUGAUUAGACGUCGGCUAACCAGCGUCAUUUUUUCAAUUAAAGUUUCAAUUUUUUUUCAAUCAAUCGAUGAAAUUUCGAUAAUUAAAAGUCAUUGAAAAUUUUUAAAAAGGGGGUGGGGGACAGUUUGAGAAUUUCCUCAAGUCAAGAGAACAAUAGUCUCUUUUUAACUUUUGAAUUUUAAAAACAAUGUUAUUUUUUUUUAAUUUUAUUUUAUUUUAUUUAAAUAAUUAUUGUUUUAUAAGUUUUAAAAUUAGCGAACAACGGAAUUGGUGGGUGCUGUUCACACUAUGUCGCUAACAUUAUAGUCCUUAUGAUAAAGUAAUACCGGAUUACAUUGUGUUGUAAUCGGUGAUUGUUAAACAGAGCAAUUUGACGAUUAAAGAAGAGAUGAUAAUAAUGAUAUUUGAUUUAAAUAAUAAUUAAAUAAUUGAGGAAUAAUAAUUAUAUUGUAUUGUGACAAUGUUCCAUCCAAUAAAUAAAUAAAUAAUUGAAAUAAAAUAUAAUACAGUUAGGCCGACUAUUCCGCCAGUUCGUGCCUUUUUUCUGCAGGGAGUGUGCGCUCUUUUUCGAGUCCGAUGAUGAUUCUGUGUAACACUUGAGUGAGUGGACAAAUGCAGGACCUGAUACACCAAUACAUGUAUCUUCAUAUUAUAUAUAUAUUGAUCCUGCUAAAAUAUUACAGAAUAUUAUAUAUGAGUGUGAGAGAAAGAAGAGCGAUUGUGCGAGAGGUAAAUAGAUAAGUAAGAGUGUGUAAGAUCUAAGCGCACUUGUAUAUAAAUUUAUAAAUUUUUAUUUAUUUACUGUUUUAAAAAUUUACAAGUGAACGUACACUGAACUCGAUAAAAUAAAAUAAAAUAAAAUUAAUAUAAAUAAAUAAAA